UUCGUAAAAAAAAAUUAGUUUGAAGAGAAAAAAAUGGAAGAAACAAACGAAAAAAGAAAUAGGGAAACAUCAGUGAAGCUUGAAAAAGGAGGCUGGGAUGCCGCAAUCGAUCUUCUUUGGCCUAGAAUGUGGUUCAUAAUAGCAGGCUGUGGGGUGUCAGCCAAUUUAUUAUAUUUUUUGAUGUCUGAGUACAAUGUAGAGAGUAUCGCGGCGAUUCAAAUCUGUUGUUUUAUUUUCGGUUGCGUUUUCAUGGUUGGAAUUGCCGGAGUUGUUGCAGAUUAUUCCUUCUUCGGCUCUUUCCGUGUUAUCACGGUUCUUUCCUUCGUCUCCUUAUUCGGUAUGAUCAUGUUAAUGUUAACUCGACUAGACGCGCCAUCUGAAACCCCAACAAAAUAUCAAUUUGGACUUCUCUUUGUAUCUAUAGCACUGGCUUUAUCAGGAUUUGUAGCCGUAUAUAAUUCUUACGGGUUUUUGAGAAGAGAUCAGUAUGACAAACCACCAACUAUUUGUUGGGAGCUAUCUGGAGCUUGUCUUUUUUUCUAUGUUAACGUUGGAGCCGGGGUCACGUUGAUCAGUUUGGCAGGACAAUAUAAAACUUGGGGUUUCGGGUUUGGCUCUUGUUGCUUUGCUAAUGUGGUGGGAUUAUUAUUCUUUUUUUGUAAAAAACGUUCAUAUCGACUAAGCAAGCCUCAAGAAUAUUUUGUUUCAACCCUGAAAAAUUCAGGGGUUCAAGUUGAUGAAUUAUUUAGUCGCGAUGACCAAGACUUGAUUAAACUUAUCCCAUUGUUUGUAACUGAUAUUUUCUUGCACGCCUCUGAUAUUAUGCUUAACUCCCUAAUGACGCUUCAAGCCCUAACUAUGAACAGGCACAUCUUCGACCCGGACUUGGAAGUGCCAGUAAGCUGUUUCGCAUUCUUUUCGCUUCCAACUAUAUUCCUUUCGCUAGCUAUCAUCGACUUUUUCGUAGUCCCACAAUGCAAGAAACUAAGAAUCUCCUGGGGCAUCGGAUUAACCCAUGUCUUGACCAUCCUCACUCUCAUAGCGUCCGCAGUGAUCGAGUCACACAGGCUCAAUCAUCUCGCAAACAAUCACAGUUUGAUGUCAGCCCUAUGGCUUAUGAUACCCGAAGCAAUAUUAGGGUUUAAGUUUGGGUUUUAUUUCAGAAGAAACAGCAGAAUGUACUGUCGAGAGGAAGGAAUAGCUACUGUUCUUAUGCGUACAUUCUCACUUGGGAUGGGAUGUUUUGUAAGCAUACUAAUCAUUCAAAUCUUCGUUCAAUUCACAGACUGGCUGCCUCAUAAUAUUAAUGAUGGAAGAUUGGACUAUGUAUAUUGGAUGUUGGCCGCGAUUGGGUGCCUCAACUUUGCAUUCCAUUUAAUUUUUACAAAGAACUUUGAGUUUCCAACUUUUGAAUACUAUGCUGGUGAUGAUGAUCAUAAUGACGAAGCUGCUCACGGAUCAAAGUUACAAGUUGCCUAGCAGAUUAUGAUUUAUUUCAUUUUGAAUAGCAUCCUUUUAUAUAUUUCAUUCUGAAUGGUGUUCUUUGAUAUAUUUCAUUUUUAGU